UUGUCGCUUGCGGAAAGAGUGUAAAAGGUGGGGGCAAGGUCACCUUAGCCGGUCCGCACCUACGAACUGUCAGUUCAGUCAGUAGUAUAGCGGUGUACUGGCCGCGAGGCGCUCAGUCUGCGUUCGACAGUUUCAAAGAGCAGUGGUACAGCAUCUCGUCCAGAAAAUGGCAACAUUAAAGGAUCAACUAUUAUGCACUGUGACGGAACCGGUGUUAGUCGGUAGAAACAAAAUUACGGUGGUGGGUGUUGGUCAAGUUGGAAUGGCCUGCGCUUUUAGCAUCUUGACAAACAAUGUCUCGAGUGACGUUGUGUUAGUUGAUGUGAUGGCUGAUAAACUGAAAGGGGAAAUGAUGGAUUUGCAACACGGCAGCGCGUUUUUGAAGAACGCCAAGAUCAACGCUAGCACGGAUUAUGCCGUGACCGCGAAUUCGAGCAUCUGUAUCGUGACAGCGGGCGCUCGUCAACGUGAAGGUGAGACUAGGCUGGAUCUGGUCCAACGUAACACUGACAUCUUCAAAGGCAUCAUUCCUCAGUUGGUCAAGUAUAGUCCGAACACGAUACUUCUGAUCGUUUCCAACCCGGUGGACAUCCUGACGUACGUGGCGUGGAAACUGUCCGGCUUGCCGAAGAAUCGAGUUAUCGGCAGCGGUACGAAUCUAGAUUCCGCUCGUUUUCGCUUCCUGUUAUCGCAAAGACUCAACGUCGCGCCUACAUCUUGCCACGGUUGGAUUAUCGGAGAGCACGGCGACACCAGUGUCCCCGUCUGGUCUGGAGUCAAUGUUGCCGGGGUACGUUUGCGCGAUUUGUAUGAGGACGUAGGCACCGACAAAGACAAGGAAAAUUGGAGUGAGAUACAUAAACAGGUGGUGCAAAGCGCGUACGAGGUGAUUAAACUUAAAGGUUACACCUCGUGGGCUAUCGGCCUCAGUAUAUCGCAUCUUGCAUCGGCGAUAUUGAGAAACUCUAAUCAAGUACAUGCCGUAUCCACAUUGGUUACUGGUCAUCAUGGAAUCAACGUGGAAGUGUUCUUAUCUUUGCCCUGCACGCUUGGUGAAGAUGGCGUCACGCAUAUAGUUCAGCAGAAGUUAACAGACGAGGAACUUGCACUACUGCAGAAAUCUUCAGCAACGAUGAAUGAAGUGCAAAAUAGUCUCAAAUUUUAAUAAUAUAUAAUUUUAUUUUACUUACGCGUUCCUAUUGUCGUAUUAUAUCGUAAGAUAUGUAAUGAUGCUUAAACAUGCAUAGUAAAACAGUAAGUUAAUCAAUUAUGUAUUAUAAGUUACGCAUACAACAUGUAUACACUUCCACGUAUGAAACAAACGCAGUAUUAUGUAAUUUUGCACAAUUUUUAUAGUUAUUUCUUAUUAUUUAUAUACGUAUAAGCAUUAUUACAUAUUCUACGAUUGCAUUAUGAAUGUUCUUAUUACGAAUGUUUACGCGUGCUUAUUUGUGUGUACGUUCAUGAAUGUUUAUAACAAAUUAUGUUAUUCCACCUAAAAUAGUAAGUGUCGUGACGAUUUUCGCGUUUCUAUUUUUAAUCUAUAUGUAAUACUUUUCAUAUAAUAAAAUAUUUAAAAAUCACA